AUGUCUCGCAUCACUCCCCAGACCAAUCGAACAUUUGAUUAUGAGCCCCUGCUGAACCCCACAUCAAUCCGACUCCUACGAGUCGACCAUAAAGACCCCGAUGGCGUGCUACAUUGCACCAUCAAAACAGUCAAUCUGAAUGAUGCGCCCUUGUACCAUGCCAUGUCUUACACCUGGGGAAACCCGCACAGCGAACUCGCCCAGGUCCAGGCAACCCGUGACAGGUAUUCAGAGAUCUAUCCUCCAGAGCACAGAGAGUGUAUAUUUGUCAACGGAAGGUUGUUAUAUGUCACUCGAAGUGCGCACGACGCGCUCGUUUCCGUUCCCAGAGACGCAUGGGCGAAAUUCUGCAACCGAGGUAACCGAAGGAAACUCCUCCGGACAUCGCUUCAUUGGGCGUCUAUUGCCGGGAAGCAGGAACUGAUUCAGCCGCUUUUGUGUUCUGGUGUGGAUGUUAACGUCAGGGAUGAAUGGGAGGUUACGCCAUUGAGUUACGCGGCGCAGGUGGGCAGUUGCGAGGGGGUCAAGCUGUUGCUUUCUGCUGGUGCGGAUGCGCGCAUUGCGGAUAAUCAGGGUAAAACUCCGCUUGACUAUGCGCGGCAAGGUGACUAUAAAGAGAUUAUCCGGUGUCUGGAGGAGGUCGAGCAGAAAGGAGGAAGAAUCGAGGCGCGAGUGGAUUGGCCCGAAGGUCCCGAGAGAUGGUGCUGGAUUGACCAGAUUUGUAUCAACCAGAAUGAUAUUGCGGAAAGAGGAGCGCAAGUUGCGAUCAUGGAUCAGAUAUACAAGAACGCAUCGUUUACGCUUGUAUGGCUCGGGCCUGAAGAUUCCUACACCGAUAUGGCGAUCAAGGCCAUCGAGAAACUGGAUACCGCGGCAGGAGACUUCAUCCGAAGUACGGAGAUACAACCAUACAGGGAGCAACCCGAAGAGGUCUACGCUGCUGCAAGGAUCCCCUAUGUUUCGAUCGAAGAGUGGACUUCAUUCGCGGCCCUCUUCCUGCGUCCCUACUUCCGGCGCCUCUGGAUCGUCCAGGAGAGCAUCCUCUCGGACAUCAUCAUGGGCUACUGCGGGAGUCACGAGAUCCCGUGGAAAGCAUUCCACACUGUGGCACAGCAGAUCUACUUUAGACAAGAGUUGCUGGGUCGACCGACAUCAACUGCGUUUAUUGCACCGCAUCGGCCAGUGUCAGCUCUUGAAAGCGAGGUGGUAUAUCUCACUCAGUGGCGGGAGCGGUUGCAGAAGGGCAACAAGGCCACCGUUCCUCGAGAGCCGUCGCUGGAGAAUCUCAUCUUCGACACCUGGACCUUCAACGCAACCGAUCCUCGGGAUAAAAUCUUCGGGCUUUACGGUCUUCUCCGUGAGGGUGGAACUGUCGAUUGGCAGCCGGACUACUCUCAGUCCGUAGGAGAGGUGUUCGCCCGAGCGACGAAGGAGAUUAUCCAGAAGGCAGGCGAGUUGCGCAUUCUCUCCGCCGUCCACGAUGAGUCCCUCCGAAAUAUCACGGAUCUACCCUCUUGGGUACCGGAUUACAGCACGAACUUCUGCAACAUGAUGUGCGCCAAUCAUCAUGCCGCUGGGGAUACGCCCAUGAGAUCCAUCAUUGGUACCUCGUGGAACAAACUUCCUGUGGCUGGUGUCAAGUUUGACUCGGUUCUCGCGAUAGGAAACACGACCAGCGGACCUGGCCAGAUGUCCAUGUUCUUUGAUCAAAGGUGGCUGGAACUUGCUUUGCUUCUCCCUGUCCCAUACCACACGGGCGAAACGAGAACAGAGGCGUUGUGGCGCACUCUCUGCGCCGACCAGGCGCUUGAUGGCUCAAUGCCAGCUCCUUCGUCCUACGGGAACAGUUUCAAAGCAAUGGUGUGCAGUCUCGUCUGUGUCAAAGCUGCCGAAACCGCCCGUGCUUCAGAAGAGGACCCAGAGAAUGUCGUUGAUCUCCUUUCAGCUUCGUACCAUGUUCGAAAGACCUGGUCGAGCCCCCCUCUCUCGGAAUUGUCUCUGGAGGAACUCAUGCGUGCUGUGGCAGACCCGGAAACGAACCUCAGUCAGCUGGAUCGCCAAACAUUGACUCACUUGUUGUAUAAGUUGCAGUUUCUUGGAAUUGCUGAAGACAAGUGCUUUACACCCUCUAUUGAUGAGGUUGAGAAAGCAUACUACAGCUCCUCAUGGCUGCCUUGGGACGAGAGCGAGACAUUACAGCUUCCUAGAGAGGGACAGGAGUUUUAUAAUGCAUUGAGACGGAAACAUGGUCGACGGAGGCUAUUUGUCACUGCUAAUCGUCACCUUGGCUUGGGACCGGCCGCGAUGGCAGUUGGGGAUGAGGUGUGGCUUUUGGCCGGCUCAGGGGCGGCAAUGGUGCUGAGAGGGACUGAGAGCGAGGAUGUAUUUCGUUUGGUUGGGGCAGCGUAUGUGCAUGGGAUUAUGAAUGGAGAACAAGCUGGAGAUGAUAUGAAGUUGCGAGAUAUUACUCUAGUAUAA